GCCAUCAGUGAUUCAUUCUCUCCAACAUGACGGAUGGAGAAGUGAAACCGCUGUGUUUUCUGUCAGCUUUCUGCUCAGUUUUCUCAGCGAUGGAGAAGAAACCGUGUCCUGCUGGAUCUAGCUGGGACCCUCUGCUCAGACGCUGUUUUUCCCAAAAUGCACUAGGACCAACAGUGGCUCCUCCUCCGCUGCCGAAGCCGGUGUUGAGCUCCAGGGCUCCAGGCAUCUCCUGGCUGGUCUUCAGCCCCAGCGUGUGGAUCUGUGUUGGGCUGCUGCUGAGCGGGUCAGUGCUGGUGCUGCUGCUCUGGUUCAUCAUCUACAGACGCCACCACAGGACCUCACAGAACACAGGUGAAAAGGACGCAACCCCCCACACCCAGACAGCCGUCGAACAGGAAGAGGAAGUGCCGUGGCAACACCUGGGCAACCUGACACAGGAAAUGCCAAUCAGUGAGCAGCACUGCGGGCGGACCCUGUGCACUGGGCGGGACCUGUAUAAUGGAUGGGUGGAGCAUGGGUUACCACUCCCUGCCACAGAAUUAGGAGACUCCGCCCUCGUCACCACCAAAACUGGACAUCCUGUUGAAGUCUGAGGAGGAGAAACAAAAGACUCAGGGGCUGAUUUUCACACCGAAUGCAAUUUUUCGAUAAGAGAACGCGAGGCACUGGCUUUUUUGAUGCGCUGCGCUUUUUAUGUCGCUAGGCGACCACUUAAUCAGCUGCUUAU